AGCUUAAUGUUUAUUUAUACAGGUUUGUGAUUCAAAUCAUUAUGCUCAAAUUUAUAUGCAACUUUUUCUAGCAUUUGAAAAUAACUGUUAAAUGUGUGAACUUACAUUUUUUUCUUAUGUAUUUUUCUUAUGGUAAUUUAUAUUUUCAGCUUGUGCAAAACAACAAAUGCAAAGUUACCAUGAGUUCUGUAAAUGUAAGUUUUUCACAGAAUAUCUCGAUUGUUCAUCCUCAAUACUUUUUUAUCAUUGGACUUUCAGGAAUACCACAUAGCACUUAUUACUAUAUAUUUUUAUUUAUGAUUUAUUUUGUUACUAUCUUUGGGAACUCUGUAGUUCUUCUCAUUAUAGCUCUUCACCGGAGCCUGCACAGUCCAAAGUACAUUGGCGUGUUUAACUUGGCCUUGGCUGAUAUUGGUGAAACUAAUGCACUGAUUCCUAACAUGAUGAGGACUUUUCUGUUUGACUCACAGUACAUCUCAUACAAUGCUUGUUUGGCAAACAUGUUUUUUGUGUUCUUCUUCAGUAGUUUGCAAAGUGUCACUCUUCUUGUUCUGGCAUAUGAUCGCUUCAUUGCAAUUUGUUUGCCAUUAAGAUAUCAUGCAAUUGUGAACAAUACCAGUAUGGUUUUAGUUUUUCCAGCAAUAUGGGCAUUUAAUUCUUCUGUGGUGGCCUUGAUGGUGUCUUUGAUCACCCGACUUUCAAUUUGCGAAUCCAAUGUAAUACAGAGUUAUUUUUGUGAUCAUGGACCAGUGUUUAGGUUGGCAUGUAAUGACUAUAACCUUAAUAAGUCUGUGGGAUUUGUCAUCACAUCUUUAUACCUUAUAGCACCUUUGGUCAUUAUAUUCCUGUCAUAUUUGGGCAUUUUUCUUGCUUUAAGCAGAAUUACAACUUGGGAAAGACGUUUAAAAGCGCUUAAGACCUGUGUUUCACACCUGUUGUUAGUAGGGAUUUAUUUCUUCCCAAUAUGCUUCACAUACCUAGCACAACUCUUGCUUGCUCUCACUCCCAAUGGCAGAGUCAUUAGCACAUCUCUGGCAUAUGUUGUUCCACCAACACUAAAUCCCAUCAUUUAUGUUUUAAACACAGCUGAAAUCAAAAUCUUAUUGCGAAAAAUGCUUGACAACAGAUCUUCACCAAUUAGAGAUAAUAUUUCAAAAUGACUGCAAUUAUUGUUUUUUUUUUUUAAUUCUUAAUAUUUAUGAUAAUAUAUAAAUAAAAGCAUCAUCAGUACUGGGACUGCAUGUAUGUGUUGGUGAAUAGCAGUUAUAUGGUAUUUAUGUACUUGUUUAUUUAUGAAUCCAGUUGUUUUCAAGUGUAUAUGUACUGAUUGUGGUCUUACUGACAUCGAGGCAAAACUUGAAAAGGAAGAAUAUUUUAU